AUGCGACAUGCUCCAGUAGUUAUUAGUGUUCCUAGUGGCGUUCCAACAAUUAUACAACCGGAAGACGAGAAUGACCUCAGUAUUGUUGCAUCCUACGAUCGUCGUGGUCGUCACAUAUAUACUGGAAACUCGAAAGGCAAAGUUUGUAUAUAUGACACAAAAGAUUUUCAUUUGAUUAGUUCAUUUAAAUCGACAUCAGCAGCAAAUGCUGCAAUUAAAUCUAUAGAGUUCGCAAGACGUGGAGAAUACUUCUUGCUCAACUGUGCUGAUCGAGUUAUUCGUGUGUACAAUUGUGAAGAUGCACUGAAUGCAAACAAUGCAGAUCCGGAACCGAUUAAAAAAUUAAAAGAUCUUGUCACUGGGAGUCAUUGGAGAAAAUGCUGUUUCUCUGGUGAUGGUGAAUACAUUUGUGCUGGAUCAAUGAAACAGCAUUCAAUUUAUUUAUGGGAACGUGCUAGUGGAACAUUAGUGAAAAUUUUACAUGGUCAAAAAGGCGAAACCUUAUUAGACGUUGUUUGGCAUCCCCUCAGACCAAUUAUUGUUUCAAUCUCGAAUUCAGUGACUAAAGAACAAGUAUCUAUAUGGGCACAAACACAAGUGCAAAAUUGGUCAGCGUUUGCUCCAGAUUUUAAGGAACUGGAUGAAAAUGUGGAAUAUGAAGAACGUGAAUCAGAAUUCGAUGUUGAAGAUGAAGAUAAACAGAUUGAAGAAAACAAGAAUAAUGAUGAUCAAGAGGAUGUUGAGAUUGAUAUAGAAACUAUGGAACCUGUGCAAGCUUUGCUGAGCAGCGAUGAAGAUGAAGAGUGUCAAGAUAUUCUCAUGUAUUUGUCUAUUUCGCCGGAAGUUGAUAAUCCAGAUGAUUUAUCUGGUGGAGAGGAAUCUGUAAGCACACAGAAUUCUGAACGUCCAACGGGUGUUGGCAAUAGAAAACGUCCUGAUUCUGCAUCGAUUCGAUCUACUGAACCGUCAACGAAACACUCUAAAUCUUCUGAUCCAUCUCAUUCUAUUCCGACAGUUUCAGUUCACCUACCUGGCGCACAAACUGAUGAAGUUCAUCCACUUGUCAGUAGUCGUAAACCAUCAGUGAAAUCAUUGUCAGGCAGUCAUGAUUCAUCUGCGAAACCUGGUCAUCAGUCAGCUUUAUCCAAUUCAGCAUCCUAUGGAUUGAGUAAUUCACGUAAAGGUACAACACGUCAACGUGAUCGCGUUAAAUCACGAAAAUGA